AUGGGUGACGUCAAUAACCCACCUCCUCCAGCUCCUACUCCAACUCCAACGCCCACUUUGACUCCACCUGCUCCUCCGAAGCUGAGGGACAUCAAGCCGCCAGCCUGGAUGCCCAAAGAUCCUGAGGCGUGGUUUAAAGUCCUGGAACUGAUCUUCACUCGCGAAAAGAUCACCACCGAAGACGACAAGUGCGUCAUUCUGCUCGGUUGCGUUCCUUCGGACACCACCGCUAAGAUCAGCACCAUCGCGUGGAAGUCGAAGUACGACCAGGGAGACUACGAGAUUCUCAAACAGGCUCUGAUCGCCUUGCACGCCGAGACACUUGACGAGAAGAUCAAUCGCCUCCUUGACGAUGAGGUGAUCGGCGAUCAGAAGCCAUCUGAGCUUUAUGCUAAGAUGGAGAAGCUUGCUGAGAGCAUCUCGGGCACGGUUCCAGCUCGUCUCAUCUUUAAUCGCUGGAGCCGCAAACUCCCGACUCAGCUGGCAGCUUACGCUUUGACUGUCAGCCAGAGCUUUGACAAGGCAGUUCAUCUCAAGGUCAUCGAUGAGCUGUACGCUUUCUACAAAAGCAAGAAGCAGAUCAGCGCCAUCACCGUCGCCGACGACGACGACGACCGCCGUGGCCGCUCUCGUAGCCGCUCUCGUGGACGCGCUGAUUCCCGUGGACGCUCUUCUUCCCGUGGACGCUCUUCUUCCCGUCGCCGCUCUUCAUCGGGUCGCUCAAAGUCUAAGGAGCGCCGCUCUCGCGACAAAGGUGCCAAGGACAAUCGUGGCUACUGCUGGUACCACCGCACUUUCCGCGCCGAGGCUCGAAAGUGCGCCCAAGGCUGCACUUUCAAGAAAUCGUUCAAGCCGGAAAACGAGGAACAGUAG